CAUCAUUAUAAUUUUACUUCGAUUACCAUAGUAACCAUUUGUCAUUGAUAUUGACAAAACAUUUACAAUUUUAUUCCGUUCCACAUGAAAAUAUUAAUUUUUAACGUUUAACAAAAUUAAACAAACUACCUACCAAAAUGUCGGAAACGAACGAUUCAAAAGAGGAACCAAAUGGGAACAUUGACUACUCCAAUUACCUCCUGGAUCCAGACCAUCCGAUUUUAGUUCCGUUCCAAAAAGCAUUAAAGGAGCAUCUACAGGCUCAGAUAGACCGUUUGAAAGAUGAACUCUUUGAAAUGGAAGACGAUAUAAAGAAAAAGGAAACCGAAAUUGUGGAUGUUGGGGUCAGAGCAUAUGAAGUACAACAACAAGUUUGUUCUCAACAAAAAACUUUGAACGGUCUAAUAAAUGACAUACAAACAGUUGCCGCAGCUCAAGAAAAAGAAGAAGAAGAUCUUAAAGUAAAUACAAAAGAAUUGAAGGAAGCCCAAAACAAAUUAUACCAAACGGAAAAAUGCAACAGAGAACUGAUGAACGAAAUAGACGGCCUUGGCGCAUUGACUAGACAACUAACGCAAUCAGAAAAUCAAAUGGAGUCGCACAUAACCAUCAGCAAGAGGAAAGUGGAGAAAUCCAGAAAGGACAACGAUCAGUUGGCAAAUGAUAAAAGAAAGCAAGAUUAUCUCGUCCAUCAACUUACUACGGAAGUUUGGAAAAUCGAAAACGAAAUAGAGACCAGCAAUCAUCAGCUUCGACUAAAAGAGGAGGACGUGGAAGAGAUGGAACAGAAAAUAGCACUCGGGAGUACAAAUAUAACAGCUUUGCAAUCCGAAUUAAAAGCUCUAUUAUUCUCAUGGACCAGCGUAUUGUGCGCCGUAGGCAAUCGCGAUAAAGGCCUGGAAUGUUUAAAUAAAGAAUUGAACAAGCAGGAAGAAAAACACAAGAGCAUUUUGACAGAAAUCGGAGUGUCCAAAAAAUUAAUAAAGAAAGAGCAUACGGAAAAUCAACGUUUUACAUCGAUAAAGGAGAGGAUUUACGAGGACAUCAAAAAUAAUAGAAUUCUAAUUGAGGAGCAAACAAAUUUGAAAACGAUUCUCGAUAAGGAAUACCAUGAAGUCGAGAAAAAUAUGGAACAAAUGGAUAAGGACAUUAAGAAAACCCAACAGGAUUAUCAUAUGAAAAAAUUGGCUUACAAUUCCAUGGAAUAUGAAUACAAGAAACUGGCGAAUAAUAAAUCUAAUAUUGAACAAGAAAUCUUCCAAUGCAUUAAAGGAGAAAUCGCCAACGAUCUUUAUGGAAAAAAAGCUGUCAAAAUGUUGAGAGACAUAGGAGAUAAAAGACAGGACAUCGAAGUCAUGAUAUACGAAGCGGAAAACAAAAGAACUUCGCUGCACUCUGAAAUCGAAUCGCAAAAGUUUAAAAUUAGCGAAUUAAAUAACCUUCACGAAGAAACAAAAGAACAAUUAAGCCAAACGGACGAUCUGGCGAAUAGAAUGAAGGCCGAAUUUAGAAAAUACGAGUUGCUGUAUAGAAAGAGAGAAAAGCAAGUCUUAAUGCUAAAUGAAAAACUAGAACAAAAACUAGCCCUCAACGAACUUGAUACGAUCGCCAGGGCGGAACUGAAGAUAAACGACUUGACGAAAUUAAUUGACGAAAGCCAACAAGCUAUCAAAACCCUCCAGGUGUUUUGGAUGCGCGAGCAAAAGAACAUCCUGACAGUGUCCAAGGAACGACAGGAUCAAAUCCACGAAAUCAGUCUUUUGAAGAAACAAGUGUUAAUUUUGGAGCAAAAGAACGUUCGGAUUUGCGACAAGAUCGACACGCUGAAGAAUCGCGAAGAAAAAACUCAACAUAGCAUUAACAUACUUACCAACCGAGCUGCGAUACUGUGCGAUAUGGUCUACAAGUCGAAGACUAAAAAGAAUUGCUUGGACAGAGAUAAUGCAUUUUUACAGGGUAAGUACGACUUCAAGUUAAAAGACGCAGAACUCGAGCUGCUUAAAUUAGAAGGAGAAAUAGCCGAUAUAGAAGAGGAAAAACUGUCCAUUAGCCAAGAAUUGAUAGCUAUAAAUAGAGAAGGUUUGGAAUGGGAGAAAAAGUUUCAAUUGGCUAGAGACGCGGUGAAAAAUUUGCGAUUUAACGAAAAGUGCGGAGAUGCUGCGAACAUGCGAAUGGAAAUACACAAGAUGCAAGUGAUUUACGAGCAGCUGAAGAAAGCUCAAGAAAAAUUGCUUAAAGAUCUGCAACAAACGGUUUUAAAAAGGAAUAUGAUAUAUCAGGAAUCGGAAUUGAGGCAUGCAACAGACAAACUAAAGAAAAACGGUGACAGAUCCAAAAUAAACGUUCAGAAGAAACUCGACAACUUAAAAAACAAAAUAAAGCAAGUUAAGAACGAAACGCAAUCCAUAAAAAACAAAUUUAAGCAAAUAACUAACGAUAUUGAAGAAGCACACAGUAAAAGAGAAUUGAUACUAAAGGAACCAGUAUUAGAUAAGGAGUACAAGAAUAUGCUCAAGAAAAAAUUGGAUGAUUCAAUAAACAACAGGCAAUUUAAGUUCGAAUUGCUGGUGUUCCAACAGAAAAAGGCCAGCAUGUAUUCACUUAUUGCCGAGAAUAGAACGCCGUACACUGUAUACAGGAAAGAGUCCGAUUUGAUUACGGAAUAUAAUAAACAGAAGGAUAUCAACAACAAAUUGUUGAAAGUAACGGAUGUUGUUAAAUUCAGUUUUCCGGAUAGAGCGAAUGAAGUGCAGAGACUGUGCAAUACACUUGCAAUAGUCUCUCUAUGUAUGUAUACUUAAAAUUUUUGUUUGGAUCGUGUGAUUAUGAAACUCAAGCACAAAGAAAAAAGUACUUAACUUUUAAGUGAAACAUAAGUUAUCAAACCUAUGUUUAAAAGAAAAUCAACUUAUUAAUGAAACUGUUCAAUAUAAGAAUGAAAAUGACACGUUUGUAAACACCUGAUGUUUCACAAUCACACUACUAUAUCGAAUAAUUGUAGAAUUAUUAUUUUGUGAGGUUGUGUGUGUGUGUUUGUGAAGUUUUAUUCCUAUUUUUAUUUUCACUAGAUUCAUUUUUGUAUUAAUUUGUUUACAUAUUUUUUAUACUUGUACUAUUUUUUUAAUAAAUAAUAAUAUAGCUAA